AUGCAAGAAUAACUGACCAACCUCACUUAAAUUAAUUAAGGAUUGCAAUCAGAAAAUCAAAAGCUUAAUCAAUAAAUCAACACACUACAAGAUGUUAUCAAAAUUAGUUAGGAUGAAGUUGAUAGCCAAAAGCAUCAACCAUCUGAAUAAAUUACUGCUUCGACAGUUAAAGUAAAAAAACCAAAGAAUGAACUUAUAUUAUUCACCUAAGAGUUGGUAACUGUUUAAAAGUAGGAAUCUAAUUAGCUCCUCAAAAUUUAGAAGAAGAUAGUGGAACUUGAACAAUACUUGCAAGAGAAGGAUAAAGUUAUUCUUGAAUAAGAGACAUCCCUUUCAGAAUUAUAGGAUUAAAUACAUGAAGCAUUAAAGACUGAGGAUAGUAUGAGAACAUAAAUUAGAGACAAAUAAUCUAAAAUUGAUGACUUGACUAAACAACUGAGUUUCUUGAAUCAAAGCUGGGAACUUAAGCUCGAAGAUAUUAAUCAUUAACUUUAGGCAAAAUAGGUUAGCUUACAAGAUGCAUGGAAUCUUACUAGCGAAAAGGAAAUUGAAAUAUAAAGCUUUAUGAGGUAAUUGCGAGAAGCAGAGACAAGCCUUAAAGAAUUCAGAGCCAGAAAUGAACAGUUAGAGGAGGAAGGCAUAUAGUAUCAAUAGAAAUAUCAAGAAAAUUUUGAAGAAAUGGAAUAAAUAAAGCAUGACUUUGAAUCUAUUCUAAAUUUCAAGAAUGAAUUAGAAGCUCUUGUCGAAGAAUAGACAAUGAAUAUAGAUUAGAAAAAUAAGAAAAUGCUCAUGCUUGAAGAGACUUUAAGGUUUAAAGAAAGUGACUUAGAGAAAAAAGAAAGCCUUUUGAGAAGAAUGAGUCAAGGAGCUGAUGAAACAAAGAAAAAGCUAGCACAAGCAGAGAUGAAGCUACGAUAAAUCACUUAAACUACAAUGAGGGAUUUGAAAACAAAAUUAAAGGAUAAAUUGAAUGAAAUCGAAGUAUUAAAAGAAAUGGUAAAAUCUGCUAAUAAGCAAGCUAAAGCGAAGGAUAUUGAUAUCCAAAGACUAAAUAAAAGGAUAUAAAGACUUGAAAAGAUGAAUGAACUAGGAAAGGGUAUAAUAUAGGAUGGAGCAUAAUUGCCAAUCGAUACAUCAAAUCCAAUAAUGGAGGAUGAAAAUGAGUUAGCUGAAACUGAUACUUACAUAACACCCCUUAAAUAGCCACCUCUUCCACCAUAUUAAAAACGUGGUAGUGACUAACUUGGUCUCAACCCAAUAAAUUACACUAAUUAAAGAUCAGUAGAAGAGGAGGUCCAGAUGGAGCUGCUGGCUGCUCAAUAGCAAAGGUAAUUUAAUAUCAAGCUAAGUGGUAAUGGCAACUACAACUCUAAGAAUCAGUUGAAUUAGAGAAAUUAUAAAUAAAAAGAAAUAGAGGAGGCAAUGGAAUUAGACAGAAUGUUAGAGUAGGAAAGAAGAAACUAGUCACAUGAUGUAUUCCAAAAGAAGUAUGAAGAGAAACUAGAUCAGUAUUAUAACAAUUUAUCAAAUGCUUAGCAAUCAAACAUGAAGAAUCACUCUACUGGGAUGAAAGGAAUAUUUGGAGGAAGCAUUGGAGAAACCAAUGAAACUCAAAGGCAUAAUGACUCAAUGCGAUACUAUGAUGGAAUGCUUCCAAAUCUCAAUGUCUCUAAAAAAGAAUGUAAUUUAAUUUGA